UGAAAGUUUACAUUGAAACUUGCGUUCGUUUGUGUGUAAUUGGAAUUUAAUUAAAGUUAAUAAUUAACCGCUGUUCUUUUGAUUCUAAAACGUUUUAUUUAUGAAAUAGAUUCAAGUCCUCAGAUUAAAUAUUUCCUUAAUGUAUAACAAUAAUUAUGAAAAUAACUGAUCGUUUCAUGGUUAUGUGUCCAUUGCUGAAAAUAGGGAAUAAUUUUUAAAAAAGUUAUCUAUGACUAAGAAGAAAUUAUUUUAAAAUACCAUUUAUUAGUAAAUAUUGUUUUAAUUAAAGUUAUAUUAAAAUGACAUCCAUAAUUAAGUUCCAUGCUUUAUCUGGAGUUAUGGAUGAAUCUCCACCAUGUUAUAUUUUGCAAGUUGAUGAAUUUCGCUUUUUACUAGACUGUGGCUGGGAUGAGCACUUUAACCAGGAUUAUAUCAAAGAACUUAAGAGACAUGUUCAUUUAAUCGAUGCAGUUUUGCUUACUUAUCCUGACCACUUACAUUUGGGAGCAUUACCCUACUUAGUUGGAAAAUGUGGACUUAGUUGCCCUGUAUAUGCAACUAUUCCAGUUUACAAGAUGGGACAAAUGUUUAUGUACGAUUUAUAUCAGUCUCGUUAUAAUAUGGAAGACUUCAAUGUGUUUAGCCUUGAUGAUGUUGACGCUGCAUUUGAUAAAGUUGUUCAGUUAAAAUAUAACCAAUCAGUAACAAUGAAGGGGAAAUGCUAUGGACUUAGCAUUGUUCCUAUGCCAGCUGGUCAUAUGAUAGGAGGAACAAUGUGGAAAAUCAUGAAGACUGGGGAAGAAGAUAUUAUAUAUGCUAUCGAUUUUAAUCACAAAAAGGAAAGACAUCUCAAUGGUUGUGACCUAGAAAGAUUGCAGAGGCCAUCAUUGCUUAUAACUGAUGCAUUUAACGCAACUUAUCAGCAAGAACGAAGAAGAGCAAGAGAUGAAAAACUUAUGACAACAAUUCUUCAAACAUUAAGUAAUAAUGGUAACAUUCUUAUUGCUGUUGAUACUGCUGGUCGCCUUUUGGAGUUGGCACACAUGCUGGAUCAACUUUGGAGGAAUAAAAAUUCUGGUUUACAGAUUCACCCUUUAUGCCUUAUUAAUAAUGUAAGUUAUAAUGUUGUCGAAUUCGCUAAAUCUCAAAUAGAAUGGAUGAGUGAUAAAUUAAUGAAAAGCUUUGAAGCUGUUCGUAAUAAUCCUUUUCAAUUUAAACAUAUACGUUUAUGUCAUAGUGUUUCAGAGCUUAACAAAAUUCCUUCUGCAAAAGUAGUUCUUGCCAGUAUGCCUGAUCUUGAAUGUGGAUUUGCUCGUGAAAUAUUUUUUCAAUGGGCCUCUGAUUCUAAAAACAGCAUUGUUCUAACAUCAAGAUGUUGUGAAGGUACACUAGCAAGAGAUUUAUUAGACAAUGGUGUUGGAAGGACCAUUCAAAUCACUGUUAAAAAAAGAGUUCGUCUUGAAGGGGAAGAAUUAAAGGAAUACUUAAAAGCACAUAAAAAAACUAAUGACAAAAAUGAAGAAAAGGAAAGUUCUGAGUCAGAAGAUGAAAUCCAAUUGCUCAGUGUCACCAAAGGUAGUCAUGAUUUAGUUAUUAAGCAAGAACGAAGGAAAAAAAACCAAAAAUCUUUAAAGAAAUUUUAUCCAAUGUUUCCUUUCAUUGAUCGUAAAGUUAAAUUUGAUGAAUACGGUGAAUUUGUGCGCAUAGAAGAUUACAAAGCUCCUGAUACCGCUAAACGUCCUCCUGAAAAAAAGUCUAAAAAGAAGGAUGAUGAUAUUUUAGAUCCUGCCGAUAUUCCAACCAAAUGUGUUUCUUAUGAGAAGUCACUAACUGUAAAUGCUCAAGUUCAAUACAUAGAUUUUGAAGGAAGAUCUGAUGGAGAAUCAGUACAGAAAAUAAUCACUCAGUUGAGACCAAGAAGAGUAAUACUUGUCCGUGGUACCUCAGAAAAUACGGAAGCUUUAGAGAAGCAUCUUUUGCAAUGGUCUGAGGCUAAAAUAUUCUGCCCGAAAAAAGGUGAUAUAGUGGAUGCUACCACUGAAAGUCAUAUAUAUCAAAUAAGAUUGACAGAUUCUUUAGUAUCUUCAUUACACAUGCAAAAAGGUAAAGAUUCAGAGCUUGCAUGGAUUGAUGCUAUUACCAAAUACCGUCAGAAACCCUCUGACACUAUGCAGUCGACAGAAGAAAUGGAAGUUGAAGAAGAUGGUAAUUACAGCAUUUACAAUGAUGACUACUUAACUCUGGAACCUCUCCCCUUAACUGAAGUCAAUCCUCAUCAAGCAGUGUUUAUAAAUGAGUUAAAAUUAUCAGACUUGAAACAAAUUUUAUCUCGUAAUGGUAUAGAAUCUGAAUUCUCUGGUGGUGUAUUGUGGUGCUGUAAUGGUACUAUUGCUAUUCGAAGGUUGGAGUCUUCUAAAGUGUACUUAGAAGGGUGGAUUUCAGAAAAUUACUAUAGAAUUAGAGAAAUUUUAUAUGGACAAUAUGCAAUUUUAUAAGUAUUAAUUAUUUCAUGAUUUGUUUUAUGAAGUAUGCCAUUUGUUAAUCCUGGAUACCUAUUUCAUAGACCAGAACUUUUUUCAAAUUGAAAGUUAUUUAUUGAUUACUUAAUUUUAUAAGCUGAUUAAUUAAUCCUGG